UGGCGUAGGCGUUGAAGUAGCCCAAUGAGCGCAGCGGCACCAGGCUGGGAAGAAGCGGCUCUGCAACAGCCUGUUACAGUGGUGCUAUUCUGUCUCCCAAGAUGGCUGAUGCCGAAGAUGGGAAGUAAAUAUAUCUAGUUGAGCUCGCAAAAAAAGACUGUCGGGCAUUGUCGAUUUAACGCAACAGUGUACUUUUCUUGAUUCAAGGUGCACAGGAGUUGAACCGUCACCAUGGACACCACCACGUCCAUCAAGAUGACCACCAUGGCCAUCCAGAACCUCUUUGGCUACGUGGAAGAGGAGAAUCUGGCUGCACUGAAAGCACACCUGGACAAGUUCAAGGAGGUGGACGGACGCAGUGAUAAUGGACAGACUCCUCUGAUGCUGGCAGCAGAGCAGGGGAGUAUGGAGAUAAUCCAGGAACUCAUCAGAAGGGGAGCCAACGUCAACCUAGAUGAUGUGGACUGCUGGUCUGCGCUCAUCUGUGCAGCAAAAGAGGGCCAUGUGGAAGUGGUCAACGAGCUGCUGGAGAGCAGUGCUUACAUCGAGCACAGGGACAUGGGAGGCUGGACUGCGCUCAUGUGGGCGGCUUAUAAAGGUCGCGCGGAGGUCACCAAAGUUCUCCUGGAGAAUGAAGCCAACCCUAACACCACAGGACAUCAGUACAGCGUGUACCCCAUCAUCUGGGCGGCGGGGCGCGGCCACGCAGAGAUUGUCCACGUGCUCCUCAAGCACGGGGCAAAGGUCAACUGUUCAGACAAGUAUGGCACCACCCCGCUGAUUUGGGCCUCCAGAAAGGGCCACUAUGAAUGCGUCAUGCACCUGCUGGAGAACGGCGCUGAUGUUGACCAGGAGGGGGCGAACUCCAUGACGGCGCUGAUCGUGGCGGUGAAAGGCGGGUACACAGAGGUGGUGAAGGAGCUUCUGAAGAGGAACCCAAAUGUCAACAUGACUGACAAGGAUGGCAACACCGCACUCAUGAUCGCCGCGAAGGAGGGCUACACCGAGAUAGUGCAGGACCUGCUGGACGCCGGGACCUAUGUCAACAUACCAGACAGGAGUGGUGACACGGUGCUGAUUGGAGCAGUGAGAGGAGGACAUGUGGAGAUCGUUCGAGCUUUGCUGCACAAAUACGCUGACAUUGACAUCAGGGGCCAGGACAACAAGACUGCCCUCUACUGGGCGGUAGAGAAAGGCAACGCCACCAUGGUUAGGGACAUCCUUCAGUGCAACCCUGACACCGAGAAUACCACUAAGGACGGGGAGACUCCUCUCAUCAAAGCCACUAAGAUGAGGAACAUUGACAUUGUGGAGCUGCUGCUGGACAAGGGGGCCAAGGUGUCGGCUGUGGACAAGAGAGGGGACACCCCGCUCCACAUUGCCAUUCGCGGGCGAAGCCGCCGUCUGGCUGAGCUCCUCCUGAGGAACCCUAAAGAUGGCCGCCUGCUGUACCGCCCCAACAAGGCCGGGGAGACGCCCUACAACAUCGACUGCAGUCACCAGAAGAGCAUCCUCACCCAGAUCUUUGGCGCUCGCCAUCUCUCCCCCACUGAAUCUGACGGGGACAUGUUGGGCUACGACCUGUACAGCAGCGCCCUGGCGGACAUCUUGAGCGAGCCCACCAUGCAGCCGCCCAUCUGCGUGGGCCUCUACGCCCAGUGGGGCAGCGGCAAGUCCUUCCUGCUCAAGAAACUGGAGGAUGAGAUGAAGACGUUCGCUGGCCAGCAGGUGGAGCCCUUGUUCCAGUUCUCCUGGCUGGUGGUGGUGCUGUCGCUGCUCUUCUGUGGCUCCGUCGCCCUGGUGAUGGGCUUCACCGUGGACCCCAAGCUGGCCGUGGCCGUGUCCCUCAGCCUGUUGGCUCUGCUCUACGUCUUCUUUGUGGUGGUGUACUUCGGGAGCCGUCGGGAGGGCGAGAGCUGGGCCUGGGCCUGGGUGAUCAGCACUCGUCUGGCUCGCCACAUCGGAUACCUGGAGCUCAUCCUCAAGCUCAUGUUUGUCAACCCGCCCGAACUACCAGAGCAGACCACUCGAGCGCUACCUGUCAGGUUCCUGUUCACAGACUACAACCGUCUGUCCAGUGUGGGAGGAGAGACGUCCAUGGCGGAGAUGAUCGCAACACUCUCCGACGCGUGUGAGAGGGAGUUCGGCUUCCUGGCCACCCGACUCUUCCGCGUCUUCAAGACGGAAGACACUCAAGGGAAGAAGUCGUGGAAGAAGACGUGCUGCAUCCCGUCCUUCAUCAUCUUCCUCUUCAUCCUGGGCUGUCUGAUCACCGGCAUGACGCUGCUGGCCGUCUUCCAGGUGGACCGGCACAACCAGACGGCGAACGCGGUGCUGGUGGCUAUGGCGAGCGUGGUGGGCCUGGCGCUGCUGCUCAACGUCCGCACCUGGUGGCAGGUGGCCGACUCAGUGCUCAACUCGCAGCGCAAGCGCCUACACAACGCCGCCAACCGCAUGAACAAGCUCAAGAGCGAGGGCUUCAUGAAGGUGCUGAAGAAUGAGGUGGAGCUCAUGGCGAAGAUGGCCAAGACCAUCGACAGCUUCACCCAGAACCAGACUCGCCUGGUGGUCAUCAUCGACGGGCUAGAUUCCUGCGAGCAGGACAAAGUUCUACAGAUGCUGGACACGGUGAGGGUGCUCUUCUCCAAGGGCCCCUUCAUCUCCGUCUUCGCCAGCGACCCGCACAUCAUCAUCAAGGCCAUCAACCAGAACCUGAACAGCGUUCUUCGUGACUCCAACAUCAACGGCCACGACUACAUGCGCAACAUCGUGCACUUGCCCGUGUUCCUCAACAGCCGCGGCCUGAGCAGCGCCAAGAAGAUGUGUGCGCCGGCCAUCGCGCCCGCCAACGGAGAAUCUGCCAACGCCGACGGCUGGCAUGAGGAGCUGGACCGGAAGCUGUCGCAGCAUAGUUUGGGCGAGCUGACCAAGUUUGGCAGCAAGACCACACUCAACCGUAGGGACACGUACCGGCGCCGGCAGAUGCAGCGGAGCGUCACCAGGCAGAUGAGCUUCGACCUGACCAAACUGCUAGUGACUGAGGACUGGUUCAGCGACAUCAGCCCCCAGACCAUGAAGAGGCUUCUCAACAUCGUCUCUGUCACAGGUCGACUGCUGCGGGCCAAUCAGAUCAUGUUUAACUGGGACCGGCUGGCCUCCUGGAUCAACCUGACAGAGCAGUGGCCCUACCGCACCUCCUGGGUCAUCCUCUUCCUGGAGGAGACCGAGGGCAUCCCAGACCAGGCAACACUCAAGACCAUUUACGAGAGGAUCUCCAAAAACAUUCCUACCACCAAAGAUGUGGAGCCACUGCUGGAGAUUGACGGCGACGCACGCAGCUUCGAGGUGUUCCUGUCGUCACGGACGCCAAUUCUCGGCGCCCGUGACAUCAAAACCUUCCUCCCCUGCACCAUCAACCUUGACCCCAAACUCCGUGAGAUCAUCGCAGAUGUGCGCGCGGCACGUGAGCAGCUGAACCUGGGCGCGGUGCCCUACCCGGCCAUCCCGCUGCAGGAGGUCGCUCCACGGCCCACCUCCGUCUACAGCCAGCAGUCGUCCAUGUGCUCCCCCAGCGCCUCCUACACAGGGCCCUUCAACGCGCCCCCCGCCAUCUCCCCGCAGCCCCACAGCAGCUACUACAGUGGCAUGGCUGGACCACAGCACCCCUUCUACAACCGGCCAUACUUCCCCCACCAUCUAUACCAGCUGCCUCCGCAGUACCCUGGCAGCCCCCACCCAGUUCAUGUCCUGCCUCUGCCACGCCCGUUCAUUAAGCCCGCCCACUUCAGAGACCACGGCCACGCCCCCUAUAAGGUACCAUCUUUGAAAAAGAAGCAGGGUUCUGCUUCAGUUGUGUCGGGAACACCAGGCAUCUUACUGAGCUCGAUGAACACAGACGCUGUGUGUGAGCGCAUCAAAGUCAUGGAAGGGAUUGACCAGAGCCUGCUGGCCCAGUACACUGCCACCAUAAAGAAGGCCAACGUGAACGGUAGAGUGCUGUCUCAGUGUAACCUGGACGAGCUGAAGAAGGAGAUGAACAUGAACUUCGGCGACUGGCAGCUCUUCAGAGGAAUGGUCCAGGACCUUCGCCACGUGGAGAACCAUGUGCUCCAGGAGGAGGCGUGCAGCGAGCAGGGCAGCGCGGUGGGGCACCCCGAUCCCGCGAGACGCGCCCCGGCUCCACCGCUCGCCGGAGCUGCACCCGGCCACCAGGACAUUUACAGCUUCAACCUCAGCUUCGAGGAGCUCAGCAACGUGGGCCUGGAAGAACCGCCGCGGCUUGCCAACCCGCCAUGGACCGCCACCACCCACCGCACCCCCAGCAUGUCCAGCCUGAACUCCCAGGAAUCCUCCAACGACAUCUGCAAGCUGACGGACAAGCAGCAGGCCGAGUACCGCAAUGCCUACCAGGAGUACAUCGCCAGUAUGGCCCAAAUAGAGACCGCUACCAUGGGGGGCGAGAAGACGGCCCCGCCCCACCCCAGCCAGUUCACCAACUCUGGCGCCGACGACAAGCUGAAGGACAAGAUCUCCAAACGCGGAGGAGGAAGUGGUGGCGGAAGCAAGGGGUCGUCGGACGCGACCGAUUUCAACAGCGCCGACGCUGCCCCGCUGGAUCCGAUCACGGAGGAGGACGAGAAGCUCGACCCCGGGUCGGCCCGGAGCCUGCUGCGCCGUAAGAGUUCUACGGAGCGGAACGAGAGGAGCGGGCUGUUCCAGGGCGCGGCCGACCUGAAGCUGAAGGCCGGGGGGGGUGGCGGGGGCGGCUCGCGCUACCAGAAAUUGACCAGCGACGACGAGGAGUCCGAGGAGUCUGACCAGGGCCCAGUGCCGAAGCCGGGAGCGGGGUGCCCCGACGGCCAGAAGCCCGCGACGGAGUCCGACCCCAAGGCGAAGGACUACCUGUCCGACAGCAUGCUGGACAAGAAGGACUCAUCCGACUCGGGGGUGCGGUCGAGUGAAAGCUCGCCCAAUCACUCACUGCAGGACGAGGAGGCGGACCUGUCGCAGCUGGAGCAGGCCAAUCUGAUCGAGCUGGACGUGGAGGGCGUGGCCCGUAAGCGUGGCGGAGUCGGUGGCUGCAGCAGUGGCGCCGGCGACAUUCCCAGCAGCCUCAGCGGCCUGCACGACCCGGCGGUCCGCAUGUCCAUCUGCUCGGAGGCCAGUUUUGCCAGUAGUCCCGAGGAGAGCUGGCCCAGCUCGCGCAACUACAACCUCAACCGCACGCCCAGUAACACCACCCUCAACAACAACACGAACGCCCAGCGUAGCGGCACAGGCAGCAGCGGAAGGCCGGCCGGGGAGAACGCCCCCACUUCUAACACCUCCGGAGGCGGCGCCAUCAUCAAGCCCUCAGGCACUACCGGAUCCGGCUCCACUACGGGCCUGCAGAACGAGAACGUGCGCGUGGUGCACAUGAAGAGGGGGCUCAACCCGGGAGAUCCCCCCGAGAUCACCACCGUCUCCUGCGACACCGUCACCUUCGGAGAAGAACGCGAGAGCAUCCUGUGAUCACCCUCCUCGAAGAUUACUGACGUCGGAGGAGUGUUGACCGACAACCCCCAACCACCCACCAUACGUUGUUAUGUGGUGCAUGAUGGAUGUUUAGCUAUAGGAACUUAACCUGUGCAGUAGUAGUAUAAGUAGAACAUGGUCUGCAUAGCUAGUUUGUGGUUUUAACACUGAUAUUCUGUGAUGACUGCUUCUACAAAUAAGCCUUAUUUUCUACAUUAGUUCAUACAUUACAGUGCUGCUGUUCUGUGUACUGUACCAGUAUUCACUCCUGUUGUGUUUGUCCUUUGAAUUACGACUGAUGCAUGCUAAUUGUGACAGUGAGUCGUUUUUACUGUUAGAUCUCAACGAUUCUAACUGUGCUUUGUAGCACAUCUUAGAGCCACCCUGCUAUGUUAAAAUGUUGCUAUUGGACAACAUUACUGAAACACAUUAAAGUCAUAAGCUACAGUGAGAUUAUAUGUUUGCCAUUAAGUAUUGUGAACGUCUCGUCUCCCGCAGACCAGUAGCACUUGAAGUUUAGAAUCGCAUGCAAUUGUUCCGUCCUAAAGCUUGCAUGUAUGUUAUUUAUUGUACAGUCUUUAGGGCACACAUAGGAUAAUGCAUGCACUGGUGGAUGGUUCUGUGCAUUUAAAAACCGUGUGUUCAAUGUUAAAUGUGGUGUUUUUAAGUUUGUUGUCAAAAAAUAAAUGGCCUAUACGUA